AUAUACCUAACCUCAAUAACAUUUGAAAAUUGAAGAGCAUGAAAUCAAAAUUUUCGAAGAUAAUAUUUUGUAUGAGUGAUAAUAGUUAUAAACGAAUUCAGCUAAAAUGGUGAAGGCAAAUACAAGAUAUUUUACAGAAAAUGAAUCUGGUGAAAAGACAGCGGAGAAAACUGCUGAUGUAGUCACAUACCAUGCAAAUCUCAACAAGAAACACAAAUUCAAAAAAAAUUUCAAGGCUGGCGUUACAAAAGCCUCAAAAACAAAAAAUAAAUCCAAUGCCACCUCGAAGGAACGUCUUCCAGUUCCUGAACAGGUGAUAAAAAAAUAUGUUAAAGGAGGACAAACACAGCAGAAAAAAAUCGAAAAAAAGGAACAGAACAUUAAAUUUUCCAAGGAAUUGGCAGAGAAGACUGAAAUUUUAUUAACAGAACAGGCAGGUUGUUUGGAAGUGGAUGCUGGGGAAACAUCAACUCAAAUAACCCAAAAACAAAUAGCUGACAAUGUAGAUAUUACGUCACAGUGCAAACAGUUUGAUCUCAGGCUAGAGUUCGGGCCUUACCGAGCAAACUACACAAGAAACGGCAGGCAUUUAGUCUUGGGAGGUAAAAAAGGACACGUUGCUGCUUUCGAUUGGGUGACCAAGAAACUACAUUGCGAGUUCAACGUUAUGGAAACCGUUCACGAUGUGUGUUUUUUGCACUUGGAAACGAUGUUCGCUGUCGCUCAAAAGAACUGGGUUUAUAUCUAUGAUAAUCAAGGAAUAGAACUUCACUGCAUCAAGAGAAUGAAUAAAGUUUCUAAGAUGGAAUUUUUACCCUAUCAUUUUCUCUUAGCUACUUGCAGCGAUGAAGGUUAUUUGAGCUGGUUGGAUAUUUCAAUAGGGAAGUUGGUCAAUCAGUUCAAUUCCAAGUUGGGAAGGUUAUCUGUUAUGGCACAGAAUCCUUGGAAUGCAGUUUUAUGCGUAGGUCAUUCCAAAGGGGUGGUGUCGAUGUGGUCGCCCAAUUCCAGAGAUCCGCUUGCUAAAAUGUUAUGUCAUGGAGCUCCCAUUCUCGGUUUACACGUAGAUCCAAAAGGAAGAUACAUGGCAACGUCAUCCAGUGAUAGAGAAUUGAAAAUUUGGGACAUUCGACAGUUGAGCGGACCAGUGCACAGUUAUAAACUUGCCGCUUGUGCCAACACUCUUGCAUUUUCCCAAACGAACAUGUUGGCCCUUGGUAUGGGCAACAUUGUCGAAGUUUAUAAAGAUUAUGCAACUGGAACAAAAAAAUCGUACAUGAGGAAUCGGUACAAUUUUCCCAUUGGAAACGUGGUUUUUUGCCCGUUUGAAGACGUUCUUGGGGUGUCGACCGCAAAAGGGUUCUCGAGUAUGCUGGUACCGGGAUCCGGAGAGGCCUCAUUUGAUGCUCUGGAAUUGAACCCCUUCAUUUCCAAAUCUCAGAGGAGAGAACACGAGGUUCAUGCGUUGCUGGAGAAGAUCCAGCCGGAAUUGAUAAGUCUGGAACCGUCGCUGGUGAGUGAGGUGAAUGUGCCCUCGCUCAAGGAAAAAAUAGAGGAAAGGAAGAAACUAUUGUUUGUCAAACCUCCGGAAGUGGACUAUCAGCCGAGAAAGAAAGCGAGAGGUAGAGGAGGUUGUGCGAAGAUUGCGAAAAACAAAAAAAUUGUGAAGGAGCAGGCUCGAAGGGAGUUUAUCGAUGCAGUGAAGAAACCAACGAUGAGAAAAGAUAAGAAGGCAACAAAUAAUAUUUUAGAACGAUUUUGACGUGGGAUAAGGAUAGAAAUAUAUAAAUCAUAUUGUAUAUAACUCACUUACGGAUUCUGUUUUUUAAUAAAUUAUUUCAAAAAGAA